GCAAUAGGAGCCGUAUGAUUAAUGAUAAACGGUUAGGAAAUCUCGGUGCUGAACCUCUUCGCUGUAACGGAGGGUGAGAGGAGGUAUAAAAAUUGGGUUUGAAAGGGAGAGAGACCAUUUCGUUUUAUCAGAGGAACAAACAGCCUCUUUGUUACUCUUUGUUUGUUUUUUAUUUUCUUCUUCUUCUCUGCUAAUUUGCUUCUACUUUCUUCUUCUUUCUCGAGAACCAGAAUUCCCGAGGAAAAACUGAAAACUGAUGGUAAUUUGAUGACUAAAUGUUGAGGAAUAAGGAUCUAAAUUCUAAACCAAGCGAGCGAGACAGAGAGGGGAGGAGAGAAGAAUCUGAGAAUUUGUUUUGUUUUGUUGAAGUUUUAUGAAUCUGUAAGAAAAGAAGGUACAUUUUGAAGAUACCAGAGCUACUUUCUGAAGAAAAUUUUGACUGUAUUCAUCUGCAAAUAGGCAGAUCAAUUGCUGACAUAUCAAAAGAAGAGAACCCUUGCAUCGCAUGAGAGUCGGAAGAAUUGGCUUCAAAUGUCAUUAUUUCGUUGAAAAUCCAAACUAGAUUUGUGUUUACAACAAAGGACUAGAAGAAGCAAAGUUGUAACAGCAGUGCCUGAGAAAUUCAGGUGGGCGGAAAAGGAUGGAAAAGGACUCAACGACGGCCAAUAACAAUGGUAAUAACAUCAACACCAACUACAGCAGAGAGAGAAACGGAGGCGACUGGGGAUUGUUAAGAUCCAGCUCAGAUCCUGCCAAGCAAACGGCAUCAUCGCCAGAUUUUGUUUUGCAGUGGGGAAACCGGAAGCGUCUUAGGUGUAUGAAGAUCCAGGUCAAAGACAAUCGGUCGGGCCCGGUUAACCGAACUACCAUUCGAGUCGAUCGCCGGGUCGUGAGGGCCAACAAGGACUCUUCAAAUCAGCCAAGCAAUAAUAAUAAUAAUAAUAAUAAUAAUAAUCACGUGAAUGGAUAUUUUAACCACCGUCAACGGCCUGCUUUUCCCGAGGCUCCGCCACCUCAGCGUGUUCUCAGGAACUCUGAGAAUUCCAGUGCUAUGAGAAGCCAAAGCAACGGUGGUGUAAGGGGUUUCGCUUCGCCAGACAGGGGUGCGCACGAUAAGAGAGGUGGUGGCAACCAUAACAAUAACAACCACCACCACUACAGCAACAACAAUGAUAACAACCAACACAACAACAAAUCAGCGGCAUCUUCGGAGACGGCUCACGAUAGCAAAAAGGGGGGCUCCUCUUCCGGGAGCGGUGAGGCAGCUCCACCCGUUUGGCCACCGAAAUUCGUGAUUGCUUUAACGAAUAAAGAGAAAGAAGAAGAUUUCAUGGCCAUUAAAGGAUCCAAGCUGCCACAAAGACCCAAAAAACGAGCCAAGUUUAUUCAACGUACCCUCAAUCUGGUAAGUCCGGGGGCAUGGCUAUGUGAUUUAACCCUUGAUCGAUAUGAGGUCAGGGAGAAGAAGAUCUCAAAGAAGAGACCCAGGGGAUUAAAGGCUAUGGGUAAUAUGGAAUCUGAUUCUGAAUAGAAACCAGCCUUUCUGGAAGCAGUUUAGGUGUUUGUUUUUGAGUAAUGCAAUGAUGAUGAUGAUGAUUAUGUUCAAUAGCUUGCAGUUGGGUCUUUUUUGUUGAGGAUGAGAGAAGGGUUUGAACUGUGUAAAUGAUGACCUUUUCAUCUAUGAGAUGAAUGAAAGAAUUAAAAUUAAACCAAAAUUUUAUCUGCUA